AUGAGAAGAAGGUUUAAAGUUUCUCUCCUUGCUGGUACUGGAAUUAUAACAAGGAAUCAUGCAGGACUCUAUGUGAUGGGGAAAGGAUGUCUGAAAAGAGCUCAGAAUGUGAAUCAGGCAGAAUCUUGGGCUAUGUUUGAAGCUAUGCAGCUGGCCACUUCUUAUGGUUGGUCUAGAGUUAUCUUUGAAACUGAUAAUCUUAAUAUCAGUUUUUAUCUUCAGAAACACUCUCAUAUGCCUCCCUGGCAGAGUGUUCCUUUGCUUAGGCAAUGUGUAAACAAAUGUAAUACUAACACUAGUUGGUCUUGUGUUUUUGAUUAUAGAAGUUAUAAUAAAACUGAUGAUGCACUUGCAAAAGCUGCUCGCAGGUUCCACUUGUGUGGGUAA